AUGAGUGAAUUAUAUCGCUUUGCUUUGAUUAAUUAUUGGCAAAAACAGCUUAGAGAACAUCCGAGACCUUUUCCUAGUGAAGAGGUUGAGGAAAGAUAUACGAGCUCUAGUUCUUCUGGAACUGAUAGUGGUGAAGGAGCAGACAAUUUUGAUGAUGAAAAAGGAUCAGGAUCUAUUGGUUAUCAUCCAUUUAUGGACGAACCUUUUACAUCAGAGGGUUCCAAAAAGCCUAAUCUUGAUCCUAAUAGUGAUGAUUCGUCUGACUCAGAUAAUGAAACUGACGCAGAAAGCCGCACUUAUGAGGCAUUUGUGGAUGAACAGAAUCAAAUAAAUGGUUCUGAGGAUUGUGAUUCUGCUAUGAUCAGUGAGGAAUUGUCUGCGUCAGAUGAGGAAACUGAAACAGCAGACAACACUUAUGAGAUAGUUGUGGAUGAACAGAAUCAAAUAAAUGGUUCUGAAGAAAGUGAUUCUGCUAUAACUAGUGAGGAAUUGUCUGACUCAGAUGAGGAAACUGAAGCAGCAGAAAACACUUAUGAGGUAGUCGUGGAGGAACAGAAUCAAAUAAAUGGUUCUGAGGAAAGUGAUUCUGCUAUGACUAGCUCUGAAACUCAUGAUGUAGUUAAUGAAAUAAAACAGGUUGAGGCAACUUUAGAGGAACCAAAGGAAAUAACAGGUGCCAUUAAUAUCGGCACUACUAUAAAGAGCGAUGAUGGUUGCCCUCAUACCUAUAUUAUUGAUGGGAGAGAAAAGAAGCUUUUAGCUAAGUCUUCCAAAGUGAAGAAAAACUUGGCGAGAGAAGAAAGCUUUGAAGAGCGCUUGGCGCGAAAGAAAAAGAAGGGCUUUCGCUCCUUCAUAAGACAGCUAUUUACUGGCUGUUAUAAGCGAAUGUGA